AUGAGCCAUCUGUGUGCCCCCAGCGUGAUGAAGGCCGUGCUGUGCGUCGGCUGCACGGAGGUGGCGUACGUGACGAAUGUGGAGCGGUUCCCCGAGAAGGGCUCGCGGGUGCAGUGCCAGAGCGCCUUCAUGCAGCGCAACGGCAGGACCUCCAACGUGUGCACGGCCCUGCGCCUGCUGGGCGCCCGCGUGGAGCUCUUCGGGAUGCUCAGCAGGCUGGGCACCUUCCGCAUGGUGCUGGACGAUCUGCGCCGCCGGGAUAUCGUCAUCAGCAACUGCUCCUGGACGGACGAGAGCCCCAAGUUCUCGACGAUCAUCCGGGAGAGAAGGACGGGCACCUGCACGGUGGUGCGCUGCACCAAGGCGUUCCCCUACGUGACGGCCAGGGAGUUCGAGAAGCUGGACCUAUCCCUCUACGGCUGGGUGCACUUCGAGGCGCGCAGCGCCCGGGAGACUGUCCUGAUGAUGCGCCGCAUCCUGGACCACAACAACGGGCUGGCGCAGGAGGAUCGCAUUGUGGUGUCACUGCUGGUGUACGAUGCCCUCGAGGACAACCUGGAUCUGCUCAGCCUCUGCGACUAUGUGCUUUGA